CUUCACUCAGAUCAUACUACUAACACUAACACUUCACAUUUUACACAUCCAAAGAAAAGUUCAGAAUGGUAACUAAGCUGCAAAGGAGAACAUCCCGCAGAAAGCUUCAGUUUCGGCCAACUCUCUCCAAUUCCAAAUCUGUUAAAAGGAGGUCGGUCUUAAAUGUUGUUCUCCAGCGUCACAAGCUCAAAAACAAGUUGGAAGAAAUACACAGAGAGUAUCAAAAUCUUGUGGCUAUCAGAAACCAAUACUUCACUCUAUUGAAACAUAUACAGAUCCCAAAGGAAGUGAAGGUGGAGAAGGUUGGGGAAGAGUUGAUUGUGAAAGUGAGUUGCAACAAAGGAGGGGACAAAUUGGUCUCAAUUCUAGAGGCGUUUGAAGAACUGGGUCUUAACGUUCUUCAAGCUAAAGUUUCUUGCAGCCAUUUCUUUGCCAUGGAAGCCAUUGCUGUGGCUCAAAACCUGCAGACUACUGAUAUCAAGGAUGUUGCUCAAGCUGUCCUUAAGGCCAUUGGAGAGCAAGGAGGUGACCUCUGACCAUAUAUAGAAAGAUUUUGCUGGGAAUUCAAAUGGUUAGAUUAAGAAAAAGUUAUGAUCAAUACAGUGUAUGGUAUCUAGACAUGUAUGCAUCUCCGUAUAUAUGGGGUUGUAAAACGUAAUGGUCUCUGUUGUCUGAUUCAGUUUGUAUGGUAUGCAUCUCGGCCGGGUAGUAAAAGAUAAAAAAUAAUCAAACUUUUAAAAAGUAAAACAGUGGGCAUAUGCAUCUAGAUAAUAAAAGUGUAAUCAAAACAAUGAGUUUCCAUUGCCGGGAAUUGAACCCGGGUCUCCUAGGUGAAAGCCAGAUAUCCUAACCACUGGACGACAAUGGAGAGGAGUGAAUGGCU